AUGACGAACGAAAAUCGGCAGGGCGCCUGUGAUCGUCACACGCACAGUGAACUUUUGUACGGACGCGGCGCGAGGGCAGGGUCACGUUGCGACACAGCCGCGCUAUAUACGCGCGCAGAACGUUCGCAGCACAUCCUCGCUCCAUCCCUGGCUCCGGCUUCACCUUUUUUUUACGCGGACAACAUGAAGUUUGUGGUGAUCUUCACGGCACUGGUAUGCGCCGCGGCUGGAGCGCGCGUACGCCGCGGCGUACUCAGCGGACUGCACGCACCUUCCUAUGGCUCAGCUUACUCCGCUUCAUCAGUCGGUUACUCUGCGCCCGCAAUCAGCUACUCAGCACCGGCAGUAAUCCACUCCGCCUUGAGCUACAGUUCAGCGCCUGCAAUCAGUUACAGUUCUGCGCCCGCCGUCAGCUACGCAGCGCCCGCCACCAGCUAUUCAGCACCAGCCAUCAGAUACACAGCGCCUGCAAUUACCUACUCUGCGCCUCUUCUAAGCCACAUAGCGCCAGUGGGUCGCUACGCGGCGCCGGUGGCGAGCUACGCGGGCCCGGUUUUGCGCUACACACCCCCGGUAGUGCGCUACGCAACCCCGGUAGUACGCUACGCACCCCCGGUAGUGCGCUACGCACCCCCGGUAGCGCGUUACGGACCUCGCGUGAUACGCGUGCACAAACAGAUCUCCGCGCCGCGCAUCGUACCCCACAGCCGCGUGAGCUACGCACCCGCCUACGCCAGCGGUUGGUGGUGAACCUGAUACACACAUACAUCUAGUCAAAUUGUACAAGUAGUGUGUUACAAGCC